AUGGAUAAUGAUAUUUUUCCUGAAUUAAAUAAAAUUGAAAAUAAAAUUGAUUAUUUGAAUAAUAGAAUGACCAAUUUAGAAGAUUUAUUAAGUAACCUUAAUGCAAUACUUACAAAUCUAGAGAAUAGAUUAUCAAAAAUAGAAAUGAAAAUUGCAAUUGAAAUUUCAAAUCAUUUCAACUUAAACAUUGAUCAAUUGAAUGGUGAAUAA